UUGUAAUACGGGCGGGCUCCGGCAGCAGGGCGGGAUGGACGUGGCCGUGGACUUGUACCCGGCCGUCCGGCUGCUCCUCACCGUCCUGGCCCUCCUCAUCGCCCCCGUCUUCGUGAGGCUGCGGGUAGCAGAGGGGGAGGGGCACCGGGAGCCACCGGCGGCCGAAGCGGCCCGGGAGAGCGGCCCCGGGGACCAGGAGGCCGGGAGGGGGCGGCUGCCGGUGGAGGAGGGGAAGGAGGCGGCGGAGGAGCCGAGACCCGCAGCCGAGCCCAGCCCCGCUGGGGCCGAGAGCAUCUCCCGGCAGCCGCCUGCGGAGCCCCACGAGCCUGAUCGCCAGGAGGAUGCAGAGAGCAAGAUACCACCUCUGGGAGCUCCAUCUGGGUCCAGCCUCGGACACCCGGGACAAGCGGAGGAUGCAGGAGACCACGCAGCAUUUCUCAGCAAGGCAGAGGAGGAAGAUCUGGAGUCAGUAAAAGAGAAGCUGGUGGUGAGAGACCCGGCAAGCACAGCAGCUACACCAGCCCCAGUGACAAGUACAGCAGCAUCAUUUGAGAGUUCUGAAGGUUUUGAAUGGCCUUUGGGUACCCUUGGGACCUGCCUGCUGAUUGUGAUGGGGAUCAUCAUGUUGGCACACAUACAGACUGUGUUUUACCCACAACCAUUUUGUCUGAUCUCAAAAGUUAAGCAGAGUUGGGUUUAGGGUCUUGUCUAGGGUUAGACGAUAAUAGAAUAGGACCAAGAGUUUUUCCCCAAGGCUGGACAGUCAUGAGUGGCAGAGUGUGUGGGACAGUAUGGGUGAGUAUCUAGUCCACUGGGCCCAUCCAGUGCUUUGGAAGUGUCGGAGAUGGAAGGCAGCUGUAUGGAGUCCCCAGCAACAAGUUGCAGAGACUGCUGAAGGGAAUGGUGAAUUAUUUUGAGCCUGGUGGGCCCAUGACACUUCAGGCCAUCAGGGCAGAGAUGCAACAUAGAGAUGGACUCAUGAUCAAGGGGUGGACUUAGCAAUGGAUGCUAUUGCUCAGAUUGUUCACAAGUGUGAACACUGCACACAGCCUCUCCGGCUCUGAAAGACUGUUAAG